AUGCGAAACAAACAAUCCUCAUCGCUGCAGAAGACGUACGAUGAAUGCUAUUUAAUAUGUUCGACCGCUGUAUAUUUUGAAGGGCAGGGCAACGAGGCAGAAGCUUUACGAUCAUGGCGGUCCGCUCUAGAUCAAAUAUAUUAUCACAAUGCAUAUCGAGUUCCUGCAGGCUAUGUACCCAAAUCCGAAACCGAAAAAGCUUUGAAAGAUAGUCUGAGGUCUAUGGAAAUGCAAUGCAAGGAACGUGUCGAUUUAUUAGAAGCCCUCAAGGCAUCGCGGGAAGAAAAGGAAAGUGGAGAAAAGACUCCACCAGAUGAGACGAGCAGCGGCGGCAGUGGCAGCGGGAGGUUCAAAUCAUUUUUGAAAUCUGGACGAGCUUCUUCGGAUUCUCUACCCCAUACUACAAGCAAUACCAGUAACACAAUUGGCGAGGGCACAAUUCCUGCGGUCAAUUAUGAUGGUCUACCAAAGCCUCCCCCGCCCCCGCUACCACAAAGACCAUCCAUGGCUGUAAAGAAUAGCUCAGAGAUGGCUGUUGUUGGUGGAGAGAGAAGUAUGUCUAGCUCUUCUAUUGCACCUCAAUCAGUAUCAUCGAAGCCAUCUGCUUCAACAUUUCAUCCGUCAAUACCUGCCCCACAACACAAGAUGUCAAAAGAUUCAAGAAGUCCAAGCCCCGAAAAAGGAGGAAGAACAAUGCUUCAAACGUUGAGAUCUGGCGAUUCUAAGAAAAGUAAGAGUUCUCGGUCAAGUCAAAAGAAGGGUGAUAAUUCUGUCACGAAUAAAGCUGCUACUUUGGCUUGGAAUACCAUGGGUAGAAAGGGAAAAGAUAAAGACAGGUCGAUCCGUUCUCAGGAUCCAGAAGCUAAUAACAGCACAACAAACCUACCAGGUAGUAGGCCUAGCUUUUCCGAUCCAUCCAAAGGGAAAUCAUUACCUCCGAACCCGGUUCGUUUUGAUAGCACUACAAGAACUCUAGUGCCAGAAACACGACCGCCCCGAAAGUCACCAGUCGAUCUACUAACUGGCAUGAAUGAAUUGGUCGGAGCUACGGGUCGGUCAAAUGGGUAUCCUUUUCCUCCAACUGAUCCAGGCCAACCAGGUGCUGUUUCUGGACAUUCUCUCACCGCCGCCACUAUGAAAGACUUGAUUAACCUUGAUUCUCCACUUAUACCACCACCUGCUGAGCUUGAAACUGGCCCGUCAUCACAACCUUCAUUGAUAGAAUCCAGCGCUACAACAUUCGCACAGCUUAAAAAAGGACCUCCUCCACCACCUCCUCAAUCAAGACCACCAGGUAAAUUUGAACCGUUGAAAUAUCCCACUUAUCUUCAGGAGUAUCCCGAUACAAUAGCCAAGAAGGGCAAUCCGGAUGGCAUAGUACUUCAGCGAAGGAGACCAAGUCCGAGACUAGUCUCAGACGCGGAUUCUACGGCAACAUCAAAUCGCCUACAAAGAAAACCUGUGCCUGCGAAUAUUUCGUCAACAAGGCGUGUAGAUGAUAGCAAAAGGUCACGAGGUAAAGAAGUUAGACGAGUAAAAGGGGAUGACACUUCGUCUCAAAGUGCGAAUGAUGACACCAGUAAUGAAGAACCACGAACUCGACAUAAGCGAAAGCAAAAGCAAGUGUUAGAACCAAUACUUGCCGAUCCUACAACACCAACAUCGGAUGAAUCCAAUGAUUCUGCCAUUGACACAACCAAAAGUGCAUGGAACGAAAAAGUAAAAUAUCUCAUGAAACAUCUUCCUAAAGGGGUCGAUGAAGGGGCUGCCAAACAAAUCUUUAACGAGAUUGUAGUUCAAGGUGAUGAGGUGCACUGGGAAGAUGUCGCCGGUUUAGAGGUUGCUAAGAAUGCACUCAAAGAAGCCGUCGUUUAUCCAUUUUUACGACCAGACUUAUUCAUGGGCCUUCGUGAACCAGCUCGUGGUAUGCUUUUGUUCGGCCCCCCAGGUACUGGUAAAACCAUGUUAGCAAGAGCAGUUGCCACUGAAUCGAAGUCCACAUUCUUCUCUAUCUCAGCUAGUAGUUUGACUAGGUUCUCGGGAUCCGACAUCACAGCAUUAGCUAAGGAUGCAGCCAUGGGCCCUCUUCGAUCUCUUGGAGAAAAGCUAUUGGAAAUGUCUAUGGAUGAUAUUCGUCCAAUGCAGAUGGAAGACUUUGAGGCCAGCUUGGUCAAUAUUAGACCAAGCGUAAGCAAACAAGGACUUCAAGAAUUUGAGGAUUGGGCAAAAGAGUUUGGUGAACGGGGUGGUUAA